GGUUCCGGGCCGCGCGGCGCCAUGGCCUCGCUGUGGCGGCUGAAGCGGUUCGAUGCCUUCCCCAAGCCCCUGGAAGACUUUCGGGUCAAGACGUGCGGGGGCGCGCUGGUGACGGCUGUCAGCGGGCUCAUCGUGGUGCUGCUUUUCUUCUCGGAGCUGCAGUACUACCUCCCCAAGGAGCCGGUGGCCUUGACGACGGGAGCGGGCUGCCCUCCCCCGAGAGCCGCCCUGCGCCGAGGUGCUUCGAUAGCAGGCCGAGACCACAGACCUUGGCAGUCUCCUUUGUGAAGAGGGAUCGCAAGGAACUGUGCUGAUGCUGCAGGGGGAAGUGGAUUACAUUUCAGCGUAACAGCUUCUGUGGCAGCUGGAAACAGUCCUCCUUGUACACCGAACCAAACCCCGCAUUUAGGGUGCUGCAGUGUGCAUCUUGUUCCCUGUACGUCACUUGGCCCCAGCCAUACGCACUCUUCCAGUCUGGCACGUUCUUAUCCCCCUGGCUGAAAGAGUCUGUAUUUUCCCUGGCUGACUGGUGACUCGACCCUUAAGCCUAAACUUGCACCUUACUACGUUUACUUUGUGUGUGUGUGCAUACCUGAUAAACAUAUUUUAGUUGAUGUAUCAGUUAGAAGUUGUAGUAAGCGGUCCUUGGCUCCAUAAACAUCUCCUCUACAGUAUUUGCAUGUUAUGACUCAUCCUUGUACUUCAAUACAAACCAGAAACGAUUCUGGCAAAGUGCUGCAGUCUAACAGUAAUACUGUCCUGACUUU